AUGGCGAACUUCGUGUCCCAGCGGAUGGCGGACCUGCUGCAGCUAAAGAAGCGCUGCGUGAACAUCCCCGUCAUCGGAGUCAGUGGAAUGCGUACGAUGGUGAAGUUCCAAGUGCACGUACGAGCGAAGUCCAGAGCCUCGGCAAGCGAGUUCUGUCUGGACUACCUGGUUGUUCCCCGCGUUACUGGGGCGCUGCCGGUACAGAAAGUGCACAUUGACGGAUGGCCAAUACCUGCCGGAGUGGAUCUGGCGGACCCGACGUUCUUCGAACCAUCCCGCAUCGACCUGCUGGUUGGGGCUGAGGCCUUCUUCGAGAUGCUGCUCUCAGGUAAGAUCAAAAUGUCCUCUGAUUUACCUGUGCUACAAGAGAGCACGCUGGGUUGGUUGGUGUCCGGGCGAGUGGCGGGCUCAGCCGCAGUGACAACGGUUCGAGCGUGCCAAGCGAUUUCUGCUCCCGACGUGGACGCAGAGCUGACGAACCUGCUGAAGAAGUUUUGGACGAUCGACGAUCAAACGGUCGAGCCGAAACCUGAUGACGACGAUUGCGAGCGGCACUUUGCGGAGACCCACGUGCGUGCCGCCGACGGACGGUACGUUGUACGACUGCCGUUUCGGAAGGAGAUUGAAGAACUAGGAGCGUCACGCCAGCAGGCGGAGAAGCGCUUCAACCACCUCGAACGACGACUUGACCAGAACCCAGCACAGAAGAAGCAGUACUCCGAGUUUAUCAAAGAGUACGUCGACCUCGGCCAUGGCAGAGUGCUGGCUGAAACGGAGUGUGGCACACAAGACGGAUACUUUCUGCCACAUCACUGCGUGCUCCGUCCGGACAGCUCCACGACGAAGCUGCGAGUCGUUUUUGAUGCUUCCGCCCGAAGCACUACUGGCCACUCCCUGAAUGACACGAUGAUGAUUGGGCCGCCCGUGCAAGACACGUUGUUCGAGAUCCUGCUGCGGUUCAGGCUGCACAAGUACGCGUUCACCGCUGACGUGCCCAAAAUGUACCGGCAGGUACGAGUGAGCCCGGAGGACACCAAGUUCCAGCGGAUUGUGUGGCGCGACGAUCGAUCCAAGCCCUUGGAAGUGAUCGAAUUGAUGACGGUGACUUACGGGACAGCUGCGGCCCCGUUCCUCGCCACACGAGCUCUGAACCAGCUGGCAGCAGACGAGAAGGAGGACUACCCCGAAGCCAGCAAUGUUGUGUCGUCGAGCUUUUACGUAGACGAUGUGCUUUCGGGUGCAGCGACGAUUGAGAAAGCGAAGCAGCUGCAGUCUGAUCUGGCGGCGCUACUCGCAAGAGGCGGUUUUGAGCUGCACAAGUGGUGCGCAAACGACGCGGCGCUGCUGGAAGACAUCCCCAUUGCGAAGCAAGAAAAGCAGCUCGACUUCGAGAACCACGACGCCAAGGACACAGUCAAGACGCUCGGGCUUCUGUGGAACCCCGUCGAGGACCACUUCUUCUUCCGCGUCAAGCCGCUGGACAAGGACCGUGACAACUGGACGAAACAGCAAGUACUAUCGGAGAUUGCCAAACUGUUUGAUCCGCUUGGGUUGCUGGGCCCAACGGUAGCGUUGGCAAAGAUGGUCAUGCAAGAAACCUGGAGAAGUGGCAUUGGAUGGAACGACGUGCUGCCACCACCCCUGAUGGCACGAUGGAGGAAACUGCGGAACGCCCUUGCUGAACUUGCCGAGAUCAAGAUCCCGAGGCGAGUGACCACCGAUGACGCGAGAAGCUGGGAACUUCACGGCUACGCGGAUGCGUCCGCCAAGGCCUACGGUUGCAGCAUCUACUUGCGGAACGUCAAGGUGGAUGGCACAGAAGAACUUUUCUUGCUGUGCGGGAAGUCGCGAGUCACUCCGGUCAAGGAAGCCGAACGCAAGCAGAAGGAUGACGCUGAACCAGCUGACAUGACAAUGCCAAGACUGGAGACGUGCGCGGCCGAGCUGCUGGCCGAGCAAAUUGUGAAGGUGGUGAAGGCGAUCGACAUCCCCAUUGACCGAGUCGUACUGUGGUCCGACUCGCAGAUUGUACUCAGCUGGCUGGAGUACAUGAAACCUGGAACCCCGGUCUUCGUCAGAAAUCGGGUCAACCGAAUCCGAGAGCUCACAAGCAAGUACGAGUGGCACUACGUAUCAACCAAGAACAACCCCGCUGACCACAUCUCCCGUGGUUUGCUACCGAAGCAGUUGAAGAAGUGCGGCUUGUGGUGGAAGGCUCGCCACACCGAGAAUCUGGGCCCGAUAGUGAUGCUUUGCGAGAAGAUGGUUCCGGACGGGAACCGAGUGCUGGAAGUGAUCUCGGAGUGCGGCAGCUUUCGGAAACUGGAGCGGAUCUUUGGCUACGUGCUGAGGUUCGUUGGAAACUGCAAGAAGAAGCUGGAAGACCGACGAUGCGGCAGACUGGGUAGAGAAGACUACUGUGCCGCACUUCAAGUGAUGGUGAAAGCGGUCCAACAGGAGGAGUUCAGCGAAGACCUGAAGCGCCUGGAAGCCGGCAAGCCGCUCAACAACAAGCUGAACAAGUUGAACCCGAUGGUGGAGAAGGACAGUGGACUGCUGAGAGUCGGUGGCCGCCUGAGCAACUCCGACUUGCCGUACAACCAACGGCACCCGAUGAUCCUGCCAGAAAAGCACCACCUCACUGAGCUGAUCAUCGAUACUCUACACACCGAAAACCUACACGUCGGACUGAACGGUCUGCUAGCGUCGCUGAGGCGUCGCUUCUGGCCUGUGAACGCGAAGCGGGCGAUACACCGAGUGCUGCGGCGCUGUGUUACGUGCUUCCGGGUCAAACCCACCGACACGGAGCAGUUCAUGGGCGAUCUCCCGAAGUGUAGAGUGACAGUCGCUGAGCCAUUUGCGCGAACCGGCGUGGACUACGCUGGACCAGUGAUGCUGAAGCAAGGACGUCUCAAGGCACCAGUCAAGGGGUACAUUGCAGUGUUUGUCUGCCUGUGUACCAAAGCAAUACACCUUGAGCUCGUCACCUCGAUGUCAACUGAAGCGUUUCUGGCGGCGCUACACCGUUUCGUGAGCCGACGCGGGAACGUGAGCGAAAUGAAGUCUGACAAUGGGACCAACUUCAUUGGAGCGGCGCGAGAACUGACCGAACUAGCAGAGCUGUUGCGGUCGCAGAUGCUGGAGCGGAAGCUAGACGAGUUCUGCCAAGCACGAAGUAUUGACUGGAGUUUCAACCCGCCCAAGGCCCCGCACCAGGGAGGACUGUGGGAAGCAGGUGUAAAGAGUGCCAAACACCACCUGUACCGGGUACUGAACGAGUCCCAUCUCACCUACGAAGAAAUGAACACGCUGCUGAUCCAAAUCGAGGCGGUGCUGAACUCGCGCCCGCUUUGUCAGCAGACUGACGACCCGCUCGACUACCGUGCUCUCAGCCCAGGGCACUUCCUCGUGGGUCGCGAGUUGACGGCGCUUCCGGAACCGCUGUACGACGCGCUGAAGGAGAACAAACUGACGCGGUACCAGCUCGUCCAGAAGCGGAAGCAGGAUUUCUAUCGCCGGUGGUGCAACGAGUACCUUACCGAGCUGCAACAGCGCGGCAAGUGGAACAAGGGAGCAUCCGUGGUUCGGAAGGGUAUGUUGGUCAUCCUGAAGCAGGACAACGUACCACCGCAGCAGUGGAGGCUUGGCCGAAUCGUGGACACCCACCCCGGGAAGGACGGCGUCUCGAGGGUGGUGACGGUUCGCACCAGCUCCGGUGAAUACCGGAGACCAACGACGCAGGUAGCAGUACUUCCGAUUUUGGACAACGAGACCCAGGAACUGGAGGAGACGACGGCUUGA